GAAAAACUAAUAUGUCACUUUGGGCAUGUGUUUACUUUUACAAUAACAUAACACCAAAGAAAUACAACCAGUGAAAGUUGAACAACUUUUGUAAUGUUUCGCGCAUUAAUCAAACAAGCAAGUAACUGCGCUAAGCAGUCAACUCGGAACUACGCUCGCUCUCCUAGAUACAUCUCAAAUCCGGGCAUCCGUCGUCAAGUCAAAGCCGAAACUAACGAAAUCGAAUACGACAAUCAUUGGGAUGACGAUAUUUCCAAAUUUGAAGGGGAUCUGACAAACACCCGUGCAAUAUACGAACAAUAUCGGCAGGAAUCUGCAGAACAUAGGGAACAAUUGCAACGCAACAUUGUGCGGAAUAAAUACUUCAGUGAGAAAAAACCAACGUUUUUGACAUGGGGAGAAAUGGAACAAAUUCGUCUGUUUAAUGCCAAAGAUCCGGACGAGUGGAAUGAACAUAAAUUGGCGGAAAGUUUCCCUGCUGAUGCAGCCACCAUUCAAAAGAUUCUUAAGGCGAAGUGGCAGCCGAGAGACAGUAAACGUGUGGCUCGGCAUGAUGAAAAGGUCCGAUCGAAUUGGGAAUUAUUCGCGAAUGGUGAAUUUAAGGAAAUGGACCCACGAUUCAGUGAACAUUUGAAGAAAUUUUCGAAACGAAAUCUGAAUACAAAAGUGAACUAUGACAGUAUGCUGAAGAAGGAGAUGCCAAAACCGGAAAGCACCGAGUUCGUUGGCAUUAUAUCGAGCUGUAAGAAGUAUGAGGUUGAUCCGAAACAAAUUUCUUCAAAGUCACCUCCACCAAAAGUGUCAGAGAAAGAAUUUGUUACGACGGGUAUCGGAUCGCGCAAACUCUACACCUUUAAGCCUACCAGUUCCGACGAAAGUGGGUCUGUCAGUAGCGGUACGGAGACCAUAUUCAACAAUCCAUUUGGCACUGGAAUCAAACCGCAAACGGAUUCAAAUAUCGAAAAUUCAACGCUCAGCGUAACUAAAUUCGUAAGUAAUGAAGUUCAACUGCACGAAAGGGAUUUGAAACGGUUAUCAAUGCCAUCCAUUCGCGACCACAUCGAUAUUCCGCGGAAACUGUACAAAGAUGGAGCCACAUAUCGAUUGGGUGAUUGUUAUUAUGAUGAUGACGGGGAGUUUUUGUAUAGUGUUCCUGGAAUGACCAAGUCUUAGUAAUGUGUUGAAAUAAAAAGUUAAAUUUUA